AUGUUAAAACACGAUCCUGUCCGUCUUAAGACCAAAAAGCGCUUUGUGGUGGGUGUUGAUUUUGGUUCCACUGGCUCUGGCUUUGCCAUUGCUCUGGUCAAUGGUGAUGACAUUUUCUCACCAAAAACCUAUGAGUGUGCUCCAAAUGAAACUUAUCGCAAGAAUCUUUCUGCCAUCAUGUACGAUCGUGGUGUAAGGUUUCAAUACGGAUUCAGAGCUCAAAAUACUCAUUUCUACGCUGAUGAUGAUGACGAUAAGGAGAGUAGUGAUGGAGAAGAAGCUACUCGUUCCACAAGUAGUGCUCCCUCAUUGAUUAGUGCGAAGUCCUUCGAAGAGAAAGACCGGAGAGAGUACUUUACAGAUCUCAAGCUCAAGUUUAUGCAGAAUCCAGAAAACUAUCUGGCCAUGCUGUUGGAACAUAUUAUGCAACUUCUUCACAACGCUGAUAGCUCGGCUACGAUGCAAGACAUUAGAUGGUGUUUUUCUGUUCCUUCUCAUUAUGACGAGAAGAAGAUCCACUUAAUGAGAGAAAUUGCUUACAAAGCCAAGUACAUUUCAAAUGUCAAUGCUCCUGAGGAUGACUUUAUGAUUGUCACUGAACCAGAAGCAGCCUCCAUAUAUUGUUUGAAAAACAUGGCGCAGAUGAAAAAAGGUGUAAAGGAAGGUGAAACCUUCAUGAUCAUGGACGCAGGUGGUGGUACAGUCGAUAUCACUUGUUAUGAAAUGAAGAAAGGCCGUCUUCGUGAGCUCACCAUUCAAAAUGGUAAUAUUUGUGGAUCCAAAAAGCUUGAUGAAGAAUUCAUGAAGGUAUUGGAUGAGAACUUGGAUAGCGGAUUCAUCACCUUCAAAAGGGAUUUUCCUCAAUCAUUGUUAAAAUUACUACAAUAUUGGGAAGACAAGAAGAGAAACGUGAAGGUGAUGGACAAGAUUAAAGUUGAAGCUCCACCAGCCAUGGACAAAGUGGACAAUGCAUAUCCAUCUUCAGGCUUUUUCAACAAAACAAGAAGAGGAAAUAACAUUUCACUAUCAAAGGAGCAUGUGCAAAGAAUCUUUGACAAGGUCGUUCCUAAUAUUUUACGUUUAGUGGAUGAUCAAGUUGAACAAUUCAAGAAGGAAAAUCGCGAUCGAAAGGUGGAUUACCUGUUCAUGGUGGGAGGAUUGAGUGAUAAUCUAUACCUUCAAGAUAUGAUCAAAACUCAAUAUGGAAGUAUGUUUAAGGAUAUUGUCUUCCCAACAUGCAGUGGGAAUUCUGUCAUUCAGGGAGGUGCCUUAUUAGGAAAAGAUCCAAGUCUUAUUCGUUCAAGAAGAGCAAAACUUACCUAUGGUAUUAGUGUGAUGGACGAUUUUGAUCCAGAACAUCACCCAGGAUCCAAAUAUUACUAUGAGGGAGGCCGACAUUUAUGUAAAGACAUUUUCGAAGUCUUUGUUGAAAGAGGACAGGAAGUUGAUGAAGAUCAUACCAUUCAGAAAGAAUAUGAUGCAGUGAAUGACCAUGUUACAAUUCGUUUGUUCAGUUCUCCUUACAAGGCAAAGGAUGUACCAUUUGUUGACACUGUUGGUCGAAUUCAACAUCUGGAAGAUAUUAUAAUCCCAUUUCCUGACAAAACUUCGAAUGACAAGAGAAUCAUUGUCAAGAUGCAAUUCGGAAAGGCAGAGAUAUUGAUUACAGCUGAAAAUGCCCAGGGACAAAAGAAAGAGGUUCAAAAGAAAUUCGAACAGGAAUCCUUGUCGCUCAUUAAAUAA